GUUCGCCAUGACGUAUUUCCUGAGGGGCUAUGUGAUGUGGACCCCUCAGCUGUUUUGAGAGGGUUCAUACAAUUAUGUUUUUAUUUUAUUUUGUAACCAUUAACAAUGUAGUAUGAUAGUUGUAAGACUAUAUUCGAUGAAUUAGUAUAUCGAAGAAGACAGGGGGUCAUGCGUAAUGUAAACGGGAAUUGGUAAACCUACAGAAUAAACCCUCUUAAGGCAUUGGAAAGUUUCCUGAUAAUUGAGGCGCUCAUGGGGUGUUUUGUACUGGUGUACCUUCGUUCCUGGAAGAGGCCAGACUAGUUGCUUAGUGCGAGGAGUGUGCUUUGCCUGUCAUCGGCAUUGCCUUGUCCCUAUCAACGGAGACACUCGGGCUGUAACUGUCUGUGUCCGCCAAAAGGGCAUUACGAGCCUGGCUGUAACGAUAGCUGAAACAUGACGCCGUCGACGUUGAUCCCGGUUGUUGUUCUGUGAGAGUGGGUUUGUGUGCAAUUAUAUUCCGAUAACCGUCCAAAUCGGAAAGAUCAGAGAACCAGAAGGCUGGGAUUAAACACGGGAAAAAUUGUGUGAAAGAGCGCGUGCUCUGAGCGCCGCAGAAUCGCAGUAGGCUACAUUGUAUCAAGUAGUUGUAGCUGAUAACGCGAUACAGUGUUGCUUCACUGAAAUACCAGCGGGAGACGAUUCAGGAACGUCUUGUAUUCGAAGUUUAUCGCCCAGCUGUAUGCAGUUGUCAAGGACAUUUGUGUGACUGUCCUGUGCGGUCUCUCUCCACCCCCGGCCUAUCAUAAAGACGCUGAGCUCAGGGACUGCGCUGCUGUAGGACCCCAUGGCUCUGGGCCUUCCAUCCUCCUCCAUGGGCCCCUGGUCCCGGCUUGCUGAGCGGCUGCUGUUGGGGUUCCUGCUGGUGUCUGGGCUGGGCAUGGCCCUUGGUCAGAGGGUUUACACCAACACAUGGGCCGUCCACAUCGCUGGAGGACCACACGAGGCUGACCUCAUUGCCAGUAAACACGGCUUCGUCAACCAUGGCAAUGUAUUUGGUGACAUCUAUCACUUCCGGCACCGUUCUGUGGAGAAGAGGUCUCUGUCGGGUCACCGAGGGACGCACGUCCGUCUACAAAAAGAGCCUCAGGUGACGUGGGCAGAACAACAGGUGGUGAAGAGUAGGAAGAAGAGGGACAUCUACACGGAGCCCUCAGACCCCAAGUUUACUCAGCAGUGGUACCUGUACAAUGCUAAUCAUCGUGACCUGAAUGCUAAAGGUGCAUGGGAGCUGGGCUACACUGGGAAGGGAGUGGUGGUGUCCAUCCUGGACGAUGGUAUAGAGAAGAACCACCCAGACCUUAUAUCAAACUAUGACCCAGACGCCAGCUAUGAUGUGAACGACGGAGAUCCAGACCCUCAGCCACGAUACACACAACUCAACGAUAACCGGCAUGGGACUCGUUGUGCAGGCGAGGUGGCAGCGAUGGCCAACAAUGGGAUCUGUGGAGUCGGAGUGGCCUACAACGCCAAGAUUGGAGGAGUGCGUAUGCUGGACGGCGAGGUGACCGACGUGGUGGAGGCCCAGUCUCUCAGUCUGAACCCACAGCACAUCCACAUCUACAGUGCCAGCUGGGGCCCCGAGGAUGAUGGGAAGACGGUGGAUGGGCCCGCCAAGCUCGCCAAGGAGGCCUUCCUGCGUGGAGUGACCGAGGGUCGUGGGGGCCUGGGCUCCAUCUUUGUGUGGGCAUCAGGGAACGGCGGGCGUGAGAAGGACAGCUGUAACUGUGAUGGCUACACCAACAGCAUCUACACCCUGUCCAUCAGCAGCUCCACCCAGAACGGCAACGUACCCUGGUACAGCGAGGCCUGCUCCUCCACCCUUGCCACAACCUACAGCUCUGGCAACCUCAACGAGAAACAGAUAGUGACAACGGACCUCAGACAGAAGUGUACUGACACCCACACGGGCACCUCCGCCUCGGCUCCACUGGCUGCUGGGAUCAUCGCCCUUGCACUGGAAGCCAAUAAAAACCUGACAUGGCGGGACAUGCAGCACUUGGUUGUGAGGACCUCUCAUCCCGCUCACCUCCUCACCAACGACUGGAAUACCAAUGGGGUCGGCCGAAAAGUGAGCCACUCAUAUGGGUAUGGUCUGCUUGAUGCCAGUGCGAUCGUGGCUCUGGCUGAGAACUGGACCAACGUUGGGCCCCAGAAAAAAUGUGUGCUGUCCAUGGUGGCAGAGCCCAGGAACAUUGGGAGCCACCUGCUGAUCACCAAGACAGUGGACGGCUGUGUUGGGACAGCCAACCAUGUGAGCUCCCUAGAACAUGCCCAGGCCCAGCUCACCCUCUCCUACAACCGCAGGGGCAACUUGGGCAUCUACCUGACCAGCCCACAGGGUACCCGCUCCACACUGCUCGCUCCCAGGCCUCAUGACUACUCAUCAGAGGGCUUUAAUGACUGGGCUUUCAUGACCACACACUCCUGGGACGAGGACCCCCGGGGGGAGUGGACCCUGGAGAUGGUAAACGUGGCAGGGGCCAGCGACUAUGGCACUCUGACUCAGUUCACCCUGGUGCUGUAUGGUACAGGCUCAGACUCUCCCAGCUCCACAGCCAAGGACCUCUCUCAGUCCAGUAACGGCAGCUGUAAGACUUUUGACCUACAGCAGAUCUGCAUUGAGUGCAAUGGUGGCUACUACCUCUUCCAGCAGGGCUGUGUGAGGGGCUGUCCAGCCGGCUACACCGCAGGCUCCCAGCUCCUCAGUUACACCAUUGGGAACUCUGUGGAUCCAGCCUCGGUCCCCUCCUGCCUGCCCUGCCAACCCCCCUGCCUGACCUGCAGCGGCCUCAGCCCCAGCGCCUGCCUCUCCUGCCCCCCUCACAGCCACCUGGACCCUGUUUCCAGCACCUGCCUGCACCUCAACCAGAUCCAGAGGGAGUCCCCCGGGAACUUCAUGGUGGGCCAGGGCGACACCGGUCCCCGCCCAGAGCUCAGCUCCCGCCUGCCCGUCACCAUCGCCGUGCUCAGCUGCAUGAUCAUCAUGGCCACCUUCGCUGGGGUGUUCGUUCUGCUGCAGCUGAGAUCUGGAGUCCUGGCCAAACUGCCCUCACUGGAGGAGGCCGGCUCAGGCCUGAGGGGGGGCUUCGGCCUGGGGGGCAGCAGCAGAAUGGUGUCGUACCGCGGUAUCCCUACAGUGUGGGGCGACGAGGGGGUGAACACUGACUCCGACAAUGAUGAGUUUGACGUCCACAAUGAGAAGACUGCCUUUAUCAAAACACAAAGUGCUCUUUAACCCCCUCCUGUCUUAUAAUUCCUUCUUUCUACAGCCUCUCCCCCAAUCACUCUGAGUCGUCUAAUUCCGGGAUCCCUGUCCUCCUCAUGGUCUCCUCUGGUUUCUCUUUCCCUGUUUCACUCCCUCCUUCUUCCUCUCAUCGGGUUUCAUUCCCCAGGUUUAGUGUUCCACUCUGUAGUGGGUGACGUGAUGCGAGACUGGAGUCACGUGGAACAGGGAUGGCCUGGGCGCGCUCGGCGCUCGCUUCACACUCGGGUGCUUUUCUAUUAAACUGUCUCUCUGUGCCCUUUCGCCCUCAAUCACCAUCAGACAGAGUGUUUUCUGAACACAGCCCAUUUCCCGGACAGCUCCAGGGUUUCCCUGUCACAAUAAACAAACCAUUAUUGUUUGCUCUCUCCCUUUUUUUCCUUCUUCGGUUCCAGUGCAGUAGCCAGAUGAGAUUGUAAAUUGGGGGUACACUGUGUGUGUGUGUUGAGUGGACAGUAAGAUCGGGGUAGGGUCAGGUUCUGAGAAGCCACAGUGGAGUCGUCAAAGUCCCACGGUUUUGGUGAAUCAGCCCCAGGCCCUCCCUGAGCUGGGGAGUGUCCAUGCUGCAGUAUGACUGUGUCUCUCUCUCAGCUCUGGCUGGAUACAAGGCUUUGAGUCCAUGAGACUAGCAUGGGGGGGGGUUCUGGCCGAGUGCUCGCUCGCUGCCAGAACUCCAAAGAUAGGUCGCAGUUCACCUAACUAGGCUGCCACACUUUACUGGGCCUCAGAAUUUUGACCAAAAUAAUAUUGCCUCUAUGAUUAAAACCCCAUUCCCAAGGAAAAAAGUACCUAGGACUAAUUAAAUUGGCUUUCCACUUAAGUCUUUUAAUUGCUCAGCUUCUGAGUGUGAGCGUGUUAGUGAGAUGUAUUGUGGAUGGGGCUCAGUACAGUAGAAGUGACUUUUAACACAAGGGUUUCUCUGAGCAGCUAUACAGGUAGUGAGAGGAGUGUGUGGUAGAGAGAAGGGUUUUACGCACUGCAGAGGAGAGAGAGAGAGAAUAACACAGUCUGGCCAUGAUUACCAGACAGGGCACUCUACUCUCUCUACUCUGCUGUUCUUUUAAUGCUGUUCAUUACACACACUUUGCACUAUGUUGGUCUUAUGUGUUUUUGUGUGUCUGAGUGUGUGCCGGCCAAGUGUGUGAGCAGCUGUCCAGUUGAGCAAAAGGAAGGAAUGACCACAUUAGGAAUACUAAGGAUGUGGUUGUGUUUGUAGGCUGAGUUAUGAUACUGGUUGGCCUAUGUAGUUUCCCUGUCUGCUGUUCUUUAAAGAACUGCCUAUUUCAAAGAACUGAGGUUGGCUAUAAUAAGCAAACUUCUUUUAACAUCUUUUAUCUCUCUAUGAGACUUAUCACUGCUUUUCUCCACUCGCCCUCCAGUCGUCAUCAGGGGUGUCGAUGCAAACUACAGAUAAUCUGUUUUAUAUACUUGCCAAUUAAUUAUAUCCUGAAUGACACUACAGCUCAGAUGUGUUCCAAGGAAGUAUUUUUUUUCUAUUCAAACUGUGUCUUUAUUGAAAAACUUAAGUGAAUAUUUGGCUGCAUAUCUUCCUUCUACAAUCUUCUGUACCUCAUUAAUUCAUCCAUUGGACAAAUAAUGGAUCCAUCCAUCUUUUUUUUUCUUUUAUGUUGAAGUUAUUUUUCAUUUCCAGCAGAUAAUAGGGGGCUUCGCUGAGAGGGGUUGUCAUAGUGACAACAUGCAUAAAAGAUUGAUGCAGCUGCUCAUCCCGUCCUCACUCGGAUCACACAGCAACGGCAGCAGAGUAUAUGUGUUACAUAGCGAUGAUGAAGGAUUAUAUAGGUCAAAGGUGAAAGCUUUUCAGAGAAGGAUAUCUCUUUUGAACUGUAGGAGUUUUCCUUUCACUGAUUUUACACUUCUACAGUAAUAAUAAGACUGAAACGUCUUUAUCUACAGUGCCAGGGCUGUAGGGCUGCAGUCUCUCUUCUUUUUUCUCUCUCUCCUCCCCUACUCUGUCUCGGCACAAUUUAAAUGUAAAUUAAUAUAUCCUGAUUUAUGCCCUCUGAAUAUAUUGUUUUCAGGAUUGUUUUUUAAGGUGGUGGGGGGGGGGGUGAUCCCUGUGCUUUAAAUCUUAUGUAAUUAUAAACAUUGCUGAGGAAGACAGUCUUCCAUACACAGAUUGGGGAGUUGCUAUCCUCUGAAUGCAAAGUAAUGACGGCCAACUUUGAGCAAAAUAUGUAAUUAUUACAGAGAUGGAAUAGUGUGCCAUUUAGCCCUGGCUGAUGUAAGGUGCAGUAAUGCUGUCAUUAAUGAUAAUUUUUUCCCUUAAAAUUAAGAAGUAACAGAUAAAUCCUAAGAGAUUUUUCUUCCUACCAGAAUUAUAGUUGAGCCGCGGCUGAGGCAAUCAUUUGAAUGUCCCAACGUACUUCCCCCACUUACAUUCGUUUCAUCUAAGUUGGUCACUCCUGAAUGUGGAAAUCUCUAUUGCAUUAUAACAGUAUGUCUAAGGAAACGGACAGCUGCUGGGGAGGAGGUUGCGCCCUUUGCAGUGCAGCCUCAAUACUACAUCUGACUGCAGCAGAGUUUCUGGCAUUACCAAAGACAGGGCAAUUUAGAGUUGUGUACAGUUCUGCUUCAGAUUGCUGAGCCUGAGUUAGGGAGAUGACGCAAUCUGAGGUUUUCUAUAUGCAUUGAUUCAAAUCAGAUGAAUGUCCUCCUUUUUUUUUUUUUAACUCUUUGUUAUUCCUGCUUUUUAAUGCAGAGACCUUUCCCUCCACUCCCUGCUUGGUGACGGUGGUGGAGCAGAGACAUUCUGUAUGCUGAGAUGCAGGGUUGGAUGUGGAGGGAGCAGAUUAAGAAUGUAUCCCAUCCCCAUACACUAAAGGGCUGAAUGAGGCUGUGUGUGUGUUAUAACUACAGAAGAAACACACUCAUGAGGGUUAAACAGAGCUCUGGACAUACGGACCAUCCAGCUCUGUCCACCUCUCCUUAUCAAGUCUUUGGCCUGGGGCUACAUAUUAUACCUUACAGAAACAGUGACCUAUGAAUAAUGUAAAAGAAUGACUACCUUAGAUGGGACAGAACUCUAAAAUAAGGCCUAUUUUUGUACUAUAUAUGGUGCAGUGUAAUUUUCUUGUAAUUUAAAGAUUUUUUUUUUGCUCUUGUUAAAUUUGUCCUUUUUAUUUAAUUGAUAGAUUCUAUAAAAAUAAAGAUCUAUGCAAACUUGA